CUAUUUGUAAUUCUCUCCCCCAUUUAUUUGAGUGCUAGCGAUAUUAAUUAAUAAAACUACACACACAUAUUUUCUGUUUGAACAUAAUAAAACAAUGUACUAAUUAUUUAUAAUUUUUAGUAUAAUUAUAAAAUAGAACAUGAAAAAUCUUUCCAAUCAGAUUAGCGCCAAAUUUAGGCAAAAUCGAAAGAUUAUUCUGACUCCUAAUUUCCAUGUUCAUCUUUGUUGUUUGAUUAUUGAUGAUUAGCUCCCAGCUCAAGUUCAAGCUCAAGCUCAAGCUCAAGCUCACCAUACCAGUGGCCCCCAGAAAUGGGAUGGGAAGCGAAAGGCAUUUUAAUUGCCCGUCUUCUUCCCUACUGUGUUAAACUUACCGAAACCGGCGAUAUCAUAAACGCCGUAAACACCCUCCAGAAAAUCGCCACUCUCGCCGCCCCCGACGGCGACGCCCUUCAGCGCGUAGCCACUUACGCCAACGAAGGCCUCGCUCAUCGGCUACUCAACAAGUACAUGCCCGGUAUUUCGGAAUCACUCCGUCUGCCGAAUCGCCUGUCGGCGUCGGAGCUAGUGCUUGUCCGGAGGCUCUUCCGAGAGUUGUGUCCCUUCUUGAUGUUCUCAUACUGGAUCUCAAAUCACGCCAUUGCUGAAGCCAUGAGAGGCGAAUCGGUGAUUCACGUUAUCGAUUUCAACGCUUCGGAUCCCGAACAGUGGAUCCAUCUUCUUCAUACAUUGAAGGAUCUGUAUGAAGCGGAUAAUCGGCCGCUUCCAUUUCUGAAAAUCACGGGGAUUCAUGAGAAGAAGGAGGUCCUGGAAAAGACGGGGUUUGUAUUGAUGGGAGAAGCAAAGAAAUUGAACUUCCGUUUCUCUUUCUAUCCAUUCGAGGGCAAAUUGGAGAAUCUGAAGUUUGAUAAGUUGCCUUUGAACCCAGAUGAGCCUAUUGCGAUCGUUUCUGUUCUUGGGCUUCAUUCCCUCCUGUCAGCAAAAGAUCAAACUGUCACAAGUGGGGUUAAUUCUCCUGCAGAGUUAUUUGAGAAACUAAAGAUCAGACCUAGUCCUGAUUCAUCUCUAUCUCCAUGUCCUUCCCCUAAAAUGGAGUAUUUUCUAAGUGCAAUCUGGAACCUCAAACCCAGGUUGAUGGUUAUCACAGAGCAAGAAUCAAACACAAACGAGCUUGCCCUAAAGACAAGGCUUGAGAAUGCUUUAGUCUUCUAUGGUGCCCUCUUUGACUCCUUAGAGGCCAAUGUUCCCAAAGCAAGAGAAGCAGAUAGAACAGUAAUGGAAAAGAUGCUUCUGGGUGAAGAAAUCAAGAACAUAAUUGCUUGUGAAGGAGUUCAAAGAAAAGAAAGGCAUGAGAAAGCUGAGACAUGGGUUCGUUGGUUUGAACUAGCUGGGUUUCAGAGAAAACCUUUGUGUUGUGCUAGGAUGUUGCGAGCAACAAGGCCAUUGCAAAACUACGGAAGAGGAUAUAAGCUCAUGGAGCAUGAUCAAUGUCUGUUUGUUUGUUGGAAUGAUCGACCACUCUACUCCAUAGUGGCAUGGAAGUUCUAAAUGCUUCAACGAUUCGCCCCCCGGGGGGGGAAGAGAGAGAGAUGUUGCCACAGGAAAGGCUAUGAACACACCCGCACAAGCUAGCCAGCCCAUGCUAGCCCAUAUUACUAUUCUGUGCAUCUCUCUCCUCAAUUGAUGUGGCCACAAGCUUCUCUUGCAAGUGUUUUUAGUUUUUAUACAAGCCAAGGCUCUUUUACUUGAAGAGAAUCUAAAUCUCAAAAUGAUGCAGCCGGCCAUGGAGGACCAUAGUUAACUACAUGGAGUCAUUUAGGGGCAGUGUGGGUCCACAAAAUUGACUACUACAGGAAGCCAUUGAGAGGAAGUAUGUGUUCACAUUGGACCAUAUAUGGGAA